GAGCGCGCGGUGCGUAUCACGUGGUGCGCGUGUCGAAGGUCACAGCGCGCUCACAAUGGAGCUCUCGGAGUUUGUGCAGAAAGGCUUCCAGUUACUAGCGGAUCCCGGUUCCUUCGACUCUAACGCCUUCACGCUUCUCCUCCGGGCGGCUUUCCAGAGCCUGCUGGACGCCCAGGCGGACGAGGCCGUGUUAGAUCACCCAGACUUGAAACAUAUCGACCCUGUGGUGUUAAAACAUUGUCAUGCAGCAGCUGCAACUUACAUAUUGGAAGCAGGAAAGCAAAGAGCUGACAAGUCAACUCUAAGCACUUACCUAGAAGACUGUAAAUUUGAUAGAGAGCGAAUAGAACUGUUUUGCACGGAAUAUCAGAAUAAUAAGAAUUCUCUAGAAAUCCUACUGGGAAGUAUAGGAAGAUCUCUCCCUCAUAUAAUUGAUGUUUCUUGGCGUUUGGAAUAUCAGAUAAAGACCAGUCAACUUCAUAAGAUGUACAGACCUGCAUAUUUGGUCACCUUAAAUAUAGAGGUAUUUAUAUAUGUACAGAACACUGAUUCCCAAUCCCACCCAGAGAUUAGCUUUAGUUGCAACAUGGAACAAUUGCAGGACUUAGUGGGGAAACUUAAAGAUGCUUCAAAAAGCCUAGAAAGAGCAACUCAGUUGUAACUCGGGGAAGUUAGCGAUCUGCCCGGGUCUAGAAGACCAGGAACGCCUUGCCGUCGGCCGAACCAUCAUUUGUGCGAGCUUGGAUGUCCUCCUUUUCAAUAGAAAAUGUUUUACCUUUUGGAUUUAUGCCACUCAUCAAUUUUGACACUCAUUUUUUUUUUUACACUUGUGAGAGUUCAGAGGGAAACACUGCCUACAUAUUUGAAUCGUUAGUAUGAACUGUACAUUGAUCCCAUUUUGAUCUUUUUUCAAGUCUUACAAAAGAAAAUAGUAUUUACACUCCGAAUAAAUAAGUUUCCACCAAAA